GGCGAAAUCUCGCUGUCUUUCAUUGCAGAGACCAUCAAGCCUUCACCGAGACGCAAUAACAGCAUCUUUUGCUGUUAUUCAGCUCUCGCAGCUCAAUGACACUAUCCAGUGUCGAAACUCGCUUUUUUUCAUAAGAGAUUAUUUUCAUAGACUUUGGCCGUGUGAUUUGUUUUUGGGUUUUUUUUGUCUACAAAACUUUGUACAAUUUAUUUUCUUGCCACCAUGGUGCUAGGAAAGGUAAAGAGCUUCGUUGUAAGCUACGACUGUCUCAAUGACAGCAAUGUCCCUGUUUUCUCAAGUGGGGACUCCGUCUCAGGUAGAGUUAUUAUUGAAGUCACAGGGGAGAUUCGUGUAAAGUCACUUAAAAUACAUGCAAAGGGAUUUGCAAAAGUUCGUUGGACAGAAUCACGAAAUGCUGGAUCCAACACUGCCUACACUCAAAAUUAUACAGAAGAAGUGGAAUAUCUGAAUCAUAGAGACAUCCUUAUUGGCCACGAAAGAGAUGAUGAUAACUCUGAGGAGGGGCUUACCACUAUUCAUUCAGGAAGACAUGAGUAUGCAUUCAGCUUUGAGCUUCCACAAACACCUUUGGCUACCUCGUUCGAAGGGAAGCAUGGCAGUGUGCGCUACUGGGUAAAGGCUGAGCUGCACAGGCCUUGGCUUCUGCCCAUGAAGACCAAGAAAGAGUUCACUGUCUUUGAACACAUCGACAUCAACACUCCUCUCCUGCUGUCUCCUCAGGCAGGAACUAAAGAAAAGACGCUAUGCUGCUGGUUUUGCACCUCAGGUCCAAUCUCCUUAAGUGCCAAAAUUGAACGGAAGGGUUAUACUCCAGGAGAGUCCAUUCAAAUCUUUGCAGAAAUCGAAAACUGUUCCUCACGCAUGGUUGUGCCAAAGGCUGCCAUUUACCAAACACAGACCUUCUUUGCCAAAGGGAAGAUGAAGGAGAUCAAGCAAUUGGUGGCCAACAUCCGAGGGGAGUCGCUUUCUUCAGGCAAGACGGAGACAUGGAGUGGAAAAAUGUUAAAAAUCCCUCCUGUAUCACCCUCCAUCCUCGACUGCAGUAUCAUUAGAGUGGAGUACUCACUCAUGGUGUAUGUAGAUAUCCCAGGAGCCAUGAACCUAUCUUUAAACCUGCCCCUGGUGAUUGGGACCAUCCCCCUCCAUCCUUUUGGUAGCCGUACAUCUUCUGUGAGCAGUCAGUGCAGCAUGACCAUGAGCUGGUUAGGCAUGGCUCCUGAGAGGCCUGAAUACCCGGUCAAAGAACUGCACAAAAAGCGGAAGAAGGGGGACGGAUAA